AUGACUGCUAUUACCGUUCCCAUCACGCAAGCCCCCCCGUACAGGGUUCACGAGGGCAAGACAGCCGUCGUCACAGGCGGCGCUAGAAGCAUCGGAGCUUCUAUUGCCCAGAACCUCGCCUCCAAGGGCGCCAACGUUGUCCUCAUCUACCUGACCGAGGCCUCUGACGCGCCCGCCGCCGCUCUUGCCGCCGAGCUGUCCAAGGCACACAAUGUCAAGGCAGUUCCCCUGCGUGCCGACUUCACCACCCCCGAGGGCUGCGCCAAGGUUGUCUCGGCGGUGAAGAACGACAUGCCGCCCAACGCCAAGACGGGGAAGCCUCAGGUCGAUAUCCUCGUCAACUGCGCGGCUCUCUUCCACGCCAUGCCCCUCGAGGCCGUCAACGUUGAGGACUUCCACAAGGUCUACUCCACCAACGUCCUUGGUCCUAUUCUCAUCACCCAGGCUGUCAAGCCGCUUCUGCCCACCGACCGCUCCGGCCGCAUCGUCAACAUCUCGAGCGUCGGCUCCAAGGUCGGCCUUGAGUACCUGACGCUUUACGGCGGCAGCAAGGGCGCGCUCGAGGCCAUGACUCGCACUUGGGCCCGCGAGCUCAAGGAGAACUGCACCGUCAACGCCUGCAACCCCAGCUCCACCAUGACGGACAUGCUCCGCGCCGCCCCCGAGGAGGCCAAGCAGGCCAUCUCGAGCUGGUACCCUCUGACACCGCUGUGCGGCAUCCGCGAGUGGGACACGGAGGAGCAGAAGGAGAUGGCUUCCAAGUACGGCGGCCGUGCGGGAUACGCCGAGGAAAUCGCUGGAAUUGUCGGCAUGAUCUGCUCGCCCGAGAGCGGGUGGAUGACCGGAUGCCUGGUCAGUGCCAACGGAGGACAAUGGAUGGCCAGUUAA